GGCCAUUUUGUGAGUCGGCGCGGAGGGGCAUCGGCAUCGCGCGCCGCGGAGGCCCGGAUGUACCGGCGCUGCUAGAGUCGCGGCUGCAGGGCCCGGUGGGCAGGGCCUCGUGUGAUGUCCGGCGGCGCCGAGCCCAUGGAGUGAGGGGGGUCGGUCGCUGCUCGUCCCCCGCGAGUCAAUGCCAAGCACGGAGACCCGCGGCGGGAGCCGGGGUCACAGCCCCAUCGUCAGGAGACGCCUGAGUGAGAGCGGCCUGGCGCAGGCCCGGGACCAGGGCCGCUGCGCAACGGCCGCCGCUCCCCGUUCCUCGAGUUCGCGGCGUAGGAAACGCCGCAAGAAGCGCUCGGCCGAGAGCCGGGCCCUGCGGCGGGACGGUAAACACCCAGCGGUGGCAGCGGCGGUCGCCGCCGCCGCAGCGGCCGGCGCCUCCUCGGGCCCGUCGACUCUGCCGCUGUCGCUGCGGGGCUUGGUGGAGUAUGAGAACGUGAGCUCGCAGACGGAGAGCGCUGCCAGCCGCCGGCCCACCGAACGCUGGCGAGAGAAAGAGCGGCGGAGGCGGGGCCGGGCCAAGGAGAGCUCCCGGUCGCGGGCCGACGGCAAGAGAAGCAAGAGCCGGAACCGCAACAAGGCGGCGGCGGCAUCGGGGGCCGAGCAGUCGGGCCAGGAGGCCCGAGGGAGCCGCGCCUCGCAUCGCACUGACAAAGAGACACCCGCCGCUUACCGGGAGCCUCCGCCGCGGGCCUACCGGGACUUGGAUUGGGACACGCCGCGGGCUUACCGCACCUCGGCCUCGCCAGGGCCUCGCAGCCCGGUGUACAGGGAGUCGAGCCCGUACGGGACGGCCGUGCCUUGUUACCCGCAGGUUUACGCACCCGGCGCCAGCCACAGCCCCGUCAGGCCGAGCGCCUUUGACCUGUACGGCCGUAGCCCCCCGCCGCCGCUCUUCGCUUUCAAGCCCCUGUACGGUUCGCGGGAGCAGGGCUUGCAUCCCGGUUACACGGGCCGCUCUCCCAGCCCUUACUCGGUUCCCCGCCGCCGCUCGCCCAGCUUCUCCCGGCACCUCAGCCCCUAUGAGUUUGGCGGCCUCUCUCCCAAUCCCUACUCCAGCAGCAGCCGCCGCCGCUCGUCCAGCCCAUUCAGCCGGAGCCCCGAACUCAGGAGACCCAAGUCACGGAGCAGAAGUCCAUAUUAUUCCAGACGCUCAAGAUCUCGCAGCAAGCAUCGUGUUUCAAGGUCUCGUAGUCGGCAGUCAAGCAUUUCACCAAACAGUUUAACUUAUAAGACUAGUCUUGCUGCUGAGCUAAAUAAACAUAAAAAAGCAAGAGCUGUUGAAGCUGCUAAGAAUAAUGCUAAAACCUCUAAUGCACUUAAUGUGACUGCUGCCAAGGCAAGUGGCAAUGCCAGUUCAACAGCAGGCCACACAUCUCAGACAAAGGAUACAAAGGAAGCCAGUAAGCUCAAGUCAGAGCGAGCACCUGCUUCCCCAUCGAACACUGGAAUCCAAGCAGCAGUUAAAAACGAGAAACUAAAAACUAAGCUGAUUUCCCAGGAGGUAAAAAUAGAUCCUGAGUCAACCUUGGACAAAAAGGAAGCGGUAUCGGUGAACCUGGUAACAAAAACUCCCAAAACGCCAUCACUUAAAGUGGAGCCAAUUACACCAAAAGAGAAACCCAAGCAAGCUCUGCCAAGUGAAUCUACAAAGGAAAAAGAGAAGAAUUCACAGCCACUUACGUCAACAUUACCACCACUACCUCUGCCCCUAGUGCUGACCAAGGAGGAGCAAGAGGGUGUGAGCAGCCCAAAAGAAGGGGUCUCAAUAAAGCCAGUGAAAAAGCACCCUGAACGAAAGUCUCGACACUUACUUACAGACCUUCCAUUGCCACCUGAACUUCCAGGAUCUGAUUCAGCUUCACCAAAAACUCCCGAAGAGAAGAAAUCAACUAUACAGUCACAGAUUAAAAAACGGCCCAAAAUUUGUGGUCCUCGACAUGGUGAGACAGAAGUGACGGAAAUUGACUGGGGAAAGCGUUGUGUGGACAAAUUUGAUAUCAUUGGAAUAAUUGGGGAAGGAACAUAUGGCCAAGUCUACAAAGCUAAGGAUAAAGAUGCAGGUGAGAUGGUAGCUUUGAAGAAAGUCCGCUUGGACAAUGAAAAAGAAGGCUUCCCAAUAACUGCUAUUCGAGAAAUUAAGAUACUCAGGCAGUUACAUCACUCAAGUAUCAUAAACAUGAAAGAAAUUGUGACAGACAAGGAAGACGCAUUGGAUUUUAAAAAAGAUAAAGGUGCAUUUUAUUUGGUAUUUGAAUAUAUGGAUCAUGACUUAAUGGGACUAUUAGAAUCAGGACUGGUGCAUUUCACUGAAAACCACAUCAAAUCUUUUAUGAGGCAACUUAUGGAAGGUCUGGACUACUGCCAUAAGAAAAAUUUUUUGCAUCGUGACAUCAAGUGCUCCAAUAUUUUACUUAAUAACAGGGGACAGAUAAAACUUGCUGAUUUUGGGCUCGCUCGACUUUACAAUUCAGAAGAAAGUCGGCCUUACACAAAUAAAGUCAUUACGCUCUGGUAUCGGCCACCGGAACUCUUGCUUGGAGAAGAACGAUAUACACCCGCUAUAGAUGUAUGGAGUUGUGGGUGUAUUCUGGGUGAGUUGUUUACAAAGAAGCCCAUCUUUCAAGCAAAUCAAGAACUUGCUCAGUUGGAAUUGAUCAGUCGAAUCUGUGGUAGCCCGUGUCCAGCAGUGUGGCCUGAUGUGAUUAAACUACCAUAUUUCCACACAAUGAAGCCAAAGAAGCAGUAUCGCAGACGGCUAAGAGAGGAAUAUUCUUUUAUUCCGGCAACUGCUCUGGAUCUCUUUGAUCACAUGUUAGCUUUGGAUCCCAGUAAGCGCUGCACGGCAGAGCAGGCUCUUCAGUCCGACUUCCUGAGAGAGGUGGAUCCUACAAAAAUGCCUCCGCCUGACCUGCCACACUGGCAAGAUUGUCAUGAAUUGUGGAGCAAAAAACGGCGAAGACAGAAGCAAUCUGGAAUUAGUGAUGAUACAGCACCUAAAGUUUCUCGUAAGGACUCUGCUUUAAGUUUGGAUGAUAGCAGGAACAACACACCUCAAGGCUUACAACUCCCUCAACAUAAAACUCAGGGCAAUUCCAGUAUAGGAAUAGAGAAUAAAGGUACUGGACAGCCGCUAAACCAGAAUGACCUGGCCAUCCUUGUGAACCUGUUGAGAUCCAAGAACAGUCUUAGCCUGGCACAUCUUGCUCAAGCAUUGAAUAUUAAAGUGAAUCCUGAGACUCAGCAGCAGCUCAGCGCAGUGAACCUUCCAGCCGGGGUCCUGGCAGCAGCUGCUAAGCAACAGCAAGAAGUCGAGAAGCCACCAGUGGUAACGCCAUCUGUGCCGCCUCAACCCCCACCGCCAGCUACGCAGCCACCCCAAAAAAGUGAGCUUGAUUCCACUCAGACCGCCAUUCAGAGUGCACUGGCCGUUUUAUUAACCCAGCUGAUUAAGACACCUCAGCCAAAGGAAAAGGAAGUUGUUGCUGAGGCGGAGAGCACAGCUUCUGAAGUUGAGAUGCCAGCGGAACCCCCAGAACCCCCAGAUCCUCCUGAACCCAUGCCUGCCGGACCUGUUUCAGAUUUCGAUGAUCACUCCACUGGUCAAUUGGAUCUCAGUGUCCCAGAUCAGUCACCAGUACGUGAGCAUCCUCGGAUUCUGCCCCCAGACCAGAGACCUCCAGAGCCUCCGGAGCCUCCACCUGUUUCGGAUGGAAUUUUCCAGGCUGAAGACCAGCAUGGGGCCACCCCUUGCUCUUCGAGUGAUCCAACUGCAGGAGUGAAGGCAGCCCUUCUGGAGCUCUUGGCUCAGCACCAGGCCCAGGAACUAGGACAGCCAGCUGUUGACUAUCGAGCAGGCAGCAGCCUGAGAACUGCUGCAGACUACGGGGAUGGAUUUGGGACAUCGUAUUCAUCGAGUAAUUUCAAUAGUGAUGGGUACAACAGCAGACUUGGCAGCAGUGGGGGCAGAGGCACCUUCCUGGGCAGUGCAGAUGCCCCCAGUCAUUCGCUCCUGGAUUCAGUCUCGUCGACGUUCAGUGCUCCAUCAUCUCGCACUGGUAGUGCACACCUACAUUCUGGUUACUCUGAGGCCUUUCCUAGCUCAGUAACAGCUUACAGAGAAGGUAUUGGUUAUCUUGGGAAUAGUGCUAUGCAGUUCACUGGAGAUAAAGACCACAGAUUUGAAUAUAGUCGCACUGCGCUGCCCCCACUGGCCAGCAGUGGAAGUAAUCCUGCAGCAAUACCUAAUAGUACUAACAGUGCAAAUGUGCCUCUUGCUAAAAAACUGCAGAAUUACGGAUUUGUUGCCAACAGACAAGAGAACCUAGCUACCAGUGGCCCUCUUCACGGACAGAACUGGGGAUCCCCUGGGCGUGGAGUAGUUUAUUCUCAUGCCUAUAGUGGGCAUAUUAGCACACCAACCAUCGGACGAGGCAGAGGUUUACCAUAUUGAUUUGCAGACCAGACUUCAUCUGGUAUACAUGAAUUAUACACUGAUAGACAGCUGGGAAGUCCUCUGCAUUGACGUGGUUUGUAGCAGGGAUUUUUUAAAAAAAAAAUGUAAAGUGUAUAUUUGAAUGCAAAUACAAGUUAUUAGAUUUGA